UUGGUUAUGGCGAAGAAGCGUGAACCGAAGCCGCAUGGUCAGUGGACGAUCCUGGAGGAGCUGCUUCUGGUGUUCGCCGUCAAACGCCAUGGCUCCAAAAACUGGGACGCCAUAGCCAACGAACUUCAAAGCCGCGGCGCGAUUCAGCGCAACUACGUGUCGUGCUCUGUCAUCACCCCUGAGACCUGCCGUGACGAGUUCCUCCGCCUCCGCUAUCGGUUUUCAGGGGAGAUGACGGCGGAGGCGGAUGAGGAGGAGGUUUGUCCCGCUCCCAUGCUCGAGGAGCUCCGGCAGAUUCGUAUUGAGGAGCUCCGCCGCGAGGUGAAACAGCAUGAUGUCUCAAUCGCGUUGUUGGAAUCGAAGAUUAAGAGAUUGGAGGAGGAGAGUGAACGUAGGUUGACGGAGAAAACAGAUCUGCGAGGAGGAGAAUCAGAGCGGGGAGAGCUGAAGCCAUCUCCGGCGUCUCUCUCCGGAAAACUCUCCGCCUCCGAUAAGUCAAACGUCCGAUCCCCCGGCGAUUCAAUCCCGACUGACCAGAAACCAGAGGUGGCGACGGCGUCGAGUGACGCAAAAAACGACGCCGUAAAGGAACGCAAACCGGCCUCCACGCGUGAACCGGAAGGUGUAACCGGGACGAUCCCGGUUAUUCUGUUAACCGAACCGGAACGAGAUCAGGGAUCCUCAUCUAGGUUUACUAGAAACGCCGACAAUGGUGAAGACAGGACGGAUGGUGGGGAGGUGGUGACGACGUCGGCGACUCGGGAGGGUCGACAUGGCGAGUCGAACGAGUUGAGGGACUCAAUAAGCGAGUCAAAGAGGGAAGCGGCGGCGUCGAAGCAAAGUAGCGAUGUCCAAAGCUCCGUGACUCUGUCUCGGAGGAAACGCCGUCGUGCCGGUGGCUGCGGGGCGAGCAGUGACGAGGAGGUGGUGGAGAUCGAAGAGGUUUCGCCGGCGGUGAGGAAGAAAAUCGCUGCCGUGAAGCCGCCGGAGUCGAUGGUGGAUUUACUGAGAAGAAUCAGAUCGGCUCGGUUCGGCUCGGCUUUCGAUCGUCGGCUUCGAAUCCAGGAAUCUGAGAGAUACAGGAAACUUAUACGACAACAUAUGGAUCUCCGAACAGUCAAAUCAAGGCUGGAGGGAGGAGAAUAUUCCGAAGAUUCAAGAACAUUCUACAGAGAUCUUCUACUUCUCUUCAACAACGCUAUGGUUUUCUACCCAAGAACUUCAUCUCGAUACACGGCUGCAGUCGAGCUCCGAGCUUUAGUGGUUAAAGAAAUGAAGCUUAGGCUGAGAAACCGAAUCCCCGAGUCUGUCACUAAGCGGAAACCGAGCAAAAUCGUGAUCACAGCUUCCGGAAAACGCACGGUGUCCAGCAGGAUGAAAGGGAAAGAGAAUGAACAGAAGAAAGCAGAUAACAAAGACGUUAAAAAAGAGAGAUCAUCAAGUAACAACAACAAAAAGGGUAGUAAUAUUAGCGAAAGGACGAAGAUGCGUGUGUUUGGUAACAACGAGCUUAGCUCCCAUGACGCUCACGCGAUCAAUACUGUCAAUGCGAAGGAAGUAAAGAAGAAGAAAGGAGCGGAGAGCUUCCUAAGACGGAUGAAGAAAGAUUUAUCAACGGAAAACGAAGAAGAAGAAGAAGACGACGAAAGAGACGUUUCUGGAAGUGAAGUGGAAGAGGAAGUGAAGGGGAUGAAGAAAGAGAAGGGAGUGAUGAUGAGGAACACUUCUUCUUCUUCCUCCUUGGGGAAAAGAGUGAGGGAAGAGAAUAUGAAGGGAAAGAAAAAGACGGGAAAGGCGGUGAGAGAAAUCGCCAAAGAGACGGCCGGAAAAAGAGGGAAAGAAAGUAAUGGAGAAGCAAGCAGCGAUGGAGGGAAGAGAGGCAAGAAGAGAGCAAGGAGAUGAUCUUUUUAUUAUUUAAAUUAUGUUUCCCCCCCUACUAUUUGGUAUUGAAAAAGGUAGAAUCUUGAGUCGGCCGAAACGCUCAUUGAUUCCUCGUCAUCAAAUGCCGAUUUCUCUAAAUCA